AUGCAUUCACCAAUUGAGCCUAAGGACCGCUAUUAUUUCCGCAAGUUCGCUCGGACACUGAUCCAACGUCCUGACCUCGCUGCGAAUAUGCAAGACGUCUUCCUCGAUAGCAUAAUGUUGUAUGGAAUCCUUGACUUUGACUCUACCGAGUCGGAGUCCGGAUCAGAAGAGAACUUUAAGGGACUUGAUAAUGCCUGGAGCCAUAUUGAGGAAAAAGAAACAUCAGACAUCUUCUCGGAAGCCGUAUGGGAAAUGGAUAUCGGAAACAAAGAUAUCUUGCUUAAGCGCCUGGAAAGAGGAAAAGAAGACGCCGAAGUGGCUCUUUUCCUAUGGUAUUUACCAGAUCUGAGAAGCCUAACACUGGAUUCGCCGCCUAAUAGCACCGACAGUCCAAUUCUUGGAUUAGUCAAGGCCGCUACAACCCCCGGAACCGGAAGACCAUUCUCAAAUUUAAGCUGCCUAAAGCUUGUUUAA